AGCUAGACGACAAGUUGGGGAAUUCUCGUGAUCUCGGCAUAUCCAUGUCCGCCACUCCCUUACUUCGGCGAUUGUUAAGCACAGUCACCUUGCGAUUAUCAAGUGGUACCAAACAUAUAAUAUGAAAAUCCACGAAGCUUUUGAAGAACCACUCAGGCCUAAGAUCAAUCAACUUCCAAGGAUUAACUCACUCGAAGAAUCGUCACCCAUCACCAACCACCAUCUGUCAUCAUGUCGAUUAACCUAGAAGACUCCCUCGCAACCAGCUGGCCCACCGUCCGGGCCUUCACGCCGUCCUCUCACUCCGAUACAUAUAACUUCAUCUCAUUGGCCCACACCGACUUGACAGGUAAAUCCGUCCUAAUCACCGGCGCAUCUCGAGGCAUCGGGAAAGGCAUAGCCCUAAGCUUCGCCAGAGCAGGCGCUUCCCGCAUCGCCAUCGUCGCCAGAUCCGGCCUCCAAGUCGCAAAAGCCGAAGUCAUCGCCGCCGCCAAAGCCGCUGGCAGAGCGGAACCACAGGUCCUCUGUUUUGCUCUCGACGUCACAUCCGAGGCCGCCGUUACUUCUGACGCGAAAACGGUCGCUGCUGAAUUUGACGGCUCCCUCGACGUGCUCAUCAACAACGCGGGCGUCAGUGAGGGAAUGACACCAUUCGUCGAAACUGAGCCCAAGAAAUUCUUGGAAACGUGGGAGGUCAACAGAAAGGCCGUGUAUCUCAUUACUCAUCCCCUGCUGCCGCUGAUUCUCAAGUCUUCCACGCGUACUAUUCUCAACGUUUCGAGUUCGGCGGCGCACCAUGUCUUUCCAAUGCUGAACGCAUACCAAGUCACGAAGUUCGCCCUAGUGAGAUUCACGGAGAUUCUGAAGUUCGAGCUCCAGGACCAGGGCCUGGUGGCGAUUUCUGUGCAUCCGGGGGAUGUUCUGACCGACUUAACAGCCAAGGCGGCGGACAAAUUUCCAGGCCUCUUUGUGGAUACUACUGAGUUAGCGGGGGAUACUAUGGUGUGGUUGGUUCGGGAGAAGAGAGAUUGGUUGGGCGGAAGGUUUAUUAGUGUCACUUGGGAUAUGGAGGAGUUGGAGCGGAAGAAGGUUGAGGUUGUUAAGGGGAAUUUGUUGAAGUUCAGAAUGACUUUGUGACGCUGGUUCCAAGCAUAGAGGCUUUGCAGUGUAGCGGAUGUUUUUCAGGUUGACUUUGUCGUGUUCCUAUUUCAACUCAUAUACGGUGGCUGGCUGUUUGGCACGUUGAUGCAGAUUUAUGUUGGCACACCACUAUGGUUAUUUAUACAGCAUGUAGACAUCCUGUUGAUACAAGUAAAUGACAAGUAAAGUGAAUCUCA